AUGUUUAAGAAAACCAUGCAGCAGAAAAGACAAUCUUUUAUAAAGAACAAGAGCGAGGUGUAUCCUCAAAAAGCGCUCAACCUUGGAAACAAAAUAAAAGGGAGAAGUAAAAAUAUGAAUAGUAAAAUAAAAGUUGUGGUAAGAAAGAGGCCACUAAGCGAAUUAGAAAAGAAGAAAAAAGAAAGUGAUAUAAUUACAGUAAAGAAUAAUUGCACACUUUAUAUAGAUGAGCCAAGAUAUAAAGUGGACAUGACAAAAUAUAUAGAAAGACAUGAAUUUAUUGUAGAUAAAGUUUUUGAUGAUGGUGUUGAUAAUUUCACAGUAUAUGAGAAUACAAUAAAACCAUUGAUAAUAGAUUUAUUUGAAAAUAAUUGUGUAUGUUCAUGUUUUGCUUAUGGUCAAACAGGAAGUGGAAAAACAUAUACUAUGUUAGGUUCACAACCAUAUGGUCAGAGUGAUACACCUGGUUUAUUUCAAUAUGCAGCAGGAGAUAUAUUUAAAUUUUUAAGUAUAUAUGAUAAAGAUAAUACUAAAGGUAUAUUUAUAUCAUUUUAUGAAAUAUAUUGUGGUAAAUUAUAUGACUUAUUACAAAAACGUAAGAUGGUUGCAGCAUUAGAAAAUGGAAAAAAAGAAGUUGUUGUAAAAGAUUUAAAAAUUUUAAGAGUCCUAACUAAAGAAGAAUUAAUAUUAAAAAUGAUAGAUGGUGUUUUAUUAAGAAAAAUAGGUGUUAAUUCACAAAAUGAUGAAUCAUCUAGAUCACAUGCUAUAUUAAAUAUUGAUUUAAAGGAUAUAAAUAAAAAUAUAUCAAUUGGAAAAAUUGCUUUUAUUGAUCUUGCUGGAAGUGAAAGAGGAGCAGAUACUGUUUCACAAAAUAAACAAACACAAACCGAUGGAGCUAAUAUUAAUAGAUCUUUAUUAGCUUUAAAAGAAUGUAUUAGAGCUAUGGAUUCUGAUAAGAACCAUAUACCUUUUAGAGAUUCAGAAUUAACUAAGGUUUUAAGAGAUAUAUUUGUAGGCAAAUCGAAAAGUAUUAUGAUUGCUAAUAUAUCUCCCACCAUUAGUUGUUGUGAACAAACUUUAAAUACUUUAAGAUAUUCUUCAAGAGUUAAAAAUUUUAAAAAUAAAUCUACAUCUAUAAAUGAAGAAGAAGAUACAAAUACAGAAAGAAUUAGUAUAUUAGAUUCUAAAGGUAGUGAAAUUAAUGCAUCAGGAAUAGAAAAUAUCCUUAUCAAAUCAAAUAAUCUACUUUCAAAUAACAACAACAACAACAAUAAUAAUAAUAAUAAUAAUAAUAAUAAUAAUAAAAUGAAUCGUAUCAAAAUUUAUGAUAAGAUAGAAAGAAUUAAUAUCUUAAAAAAUAAAUCCUUUGAUAAACCUAGGGAAGCAUUCACAUCGAACAUAGGAAAAUAUAAUUCACUUAAUGAUAUAGACAAAAUAAAAAAAAAUAAGAAAAAAGGAUUAAUAAAUUAUAAAAGUAAUUUAUAUAGUGACAACACCACAAACAAAAAGCACAACAAUAAUAAUAAUAAUAAUAGUAAUAUGGUCAAUAAUAAUAAUAUCAAUAUUAUCAAUAAUAAUAAUAAUAAUAAUAAUAAUCGUAAUAAUAAUAAUAAUAAUAAUAUAGUGCCACAACCGAGCUAUGCAUUUACUGAUACCUCCGAUUUUUCCUCCCUUGACGAAAUGAACUGCAACUUAAACAAUAGCGACAAAAGCAUUUUUUUACACAAAAAAAAUUUAAGAGAAAACAAUAAAUUAAAAAACAGAACUAGUUGUGAUAACAUUAUGAACAAGAAGAAAAACAAUCUUCAACUAGUUAGACAUAGUGUAGGAAGUAAAUUAACAAUGUUUUCUUACGACCCACAAAAACUUAAGGCUAAUGUGUUUUUUAAAACUAAUAUAAAUAAAAUUAAAAGUAAUACACCUAAUUAUCUACUAUAUGAACCUAGAUAUCUAUCGAAUAUUAAUAGUAAUCCUUUACUAGGCUUAAACAAAAAUAAUCUUCAUGAUAUCCCUACAAAGGUUGAAAAUAAUAAUGAUAAUAAUAUAAAUAAUAGUAAUAUGAAUAGUAUUAAUAAUAGUAAUAUGAAUAGUAUAAAUAAUAGUAAUAUGAACAGUAUAAAUAAUAGUAAUAUGAACAGUAUAAAUAAUAGUAAUAUGAACAGUAUAAAUAAUAGUAACAAUAAUAGCAAUAGUAUUUAUAAAAGUAAUUAUAAUAGUAAUGACUUCAUAUCAGAUGAUCAAAUAAGACAAGUUAAUGAAAUGGAUCCAAUCAAUAAAAAUAAUGAGAACAUAUUUUUUGAUGCUAUAUCCUGUGAUAAUAAUAUAAAUCAUAAUAUAACCAAUAAUAAUAAUAAUAAUAAUAAUAUUGAUGAAACAAAUAACUGUAUGAAGUUGUAUGCUUAUAAUAGUCAGAACCUAUUUCAGACUGAUAAUAAUAAGAAUACAAAUACAAAUAGUCAAGAUGAGAAUAUAAAUUAUUCAUUGAAUUUUUACGACUAUAAUUUAAAUGAUAAAAAUAAUUUGAUAAAUGUAAAUAAUAAGGAACAAAAGGAAAAAAACAUAUAUGGAAGUGACAAAAAUAUUAUUCAUAAUAGCAAUAAUUUUGAAGAAAAUAAAAAAACAAAUUUAUAUAAUAAUAACAAUAUUGUUAUAGUAAAUAAUAAAAUAAGAAAUAGUAAUAGUCCACGUAUGAAAUAUGGUUUAUCUGGUAGUCAAUCAAGUAUUGAUAAUAUGAAAAAUAAUAAUAUAAAUGAUAAUGAUAAUAAUAAUAAUAAUAAUAUAUAUAAUAAUAUUAAUGAUGAUGAUACAUUUCAAAAUGAUUAUUGUCAAAGUGAUAAUACUUCUAGUGAUAGAAUAAAAAACAAUAUUAAUAUAAAUAAUAACGUAAUGAAUAAUGAUGAUAUAAUUUUUACUAUAAAUAAUUUAAAUGAUUAUAUGAGCAAUACCUUUUUAAAAUUUAAAAUGAAAUAUAAAUAUCCAAUAAUAAGCCCCAAUGAAGAUAUAUAUAAUAAAGAAAUAGAUGGAAAAAAUAUUAGACUUGAUGAUCUAGAUAAAUAUGAUAAUAAUGAAAUUAAUCAUUACAUUAAUAAUGAAAAUGAUCUUAAUAAUAAUAAUUAUAAUGAACAUAAUGAAAAUGAUCUUAAUAAUAAUAAUUAUAAUGAACAUAAUGAAAAUGAUCUUAAUAAUAAUAAUUAUAAUGAACAUAAUGAAAAUGAUCUUAAUAAUAAUGUUGAUUUGAAUAAAAUGGAAAAUUUUAAUAAUAAUGAAUAUCUUAGCUACUUUCAAAAUAAUGCAGAUACAAUAAUAAAUAACUGCUUGAAUUUCAUAGAUAUUAGUAGUAUGUAUGAAGAUACAAAAGAGAUACUAAAUAAUAUAUUAUUAUCUAAAUAUAAAGCUGAUAAAGAUAGUGUUAUAAAAAAAUAUAUUAAUGAUGAUAUAAAAAAUAUGUCUUUAGAAGAAAUAGAUAAAGUGGCUCAGUCUAUAUAUGAAAAGAGGAAAGUAUUACUUACAAAAUUAUUAGUAUUAUUUAAAGAAAAUGUAGAUACACAAAUAAAUAAUGAAACAAGUGAUUUAAGAAAAGAUCUAGUUAUGUGUCAUAUAUGUAAUAAUAAUCCUGAUGAUCAAUUUCAUUUUUAUGCAUAUAGUAGAUUAGAAAAGGAUAUAAUUAAUUUAAUUAUGUUACGACAAUUGUGGUGUGAAAGUGAAAACUUAAGACUCUUAUAUCAAUUCUUAGUAGUCGAGUAUCAAAAUAAAUCUGAAAAUUCUAUUUUAUUAAAUGUACCUUCAAAUAAUAGUGACCAUAUAUUACUUAAUAAUAAACUCUUACAAGAUAAUUUAAAAAAUAAUAUCGACCACAAGAAUAUACAAAAAAACUAA